ACGGCCAGUGAAGACACACAUAAGCCUACUAUGGUAUGAUUGAAUUUUCCGGUGUAACUAACGUUAAUAAAAAGAAUGACACAAACCACAGAAAACUACAAAAAAGUUGAGAAUUUUAUUUGAGCGCGGAACAAAUGGGUGGCGCCACCAUACGGUUCUUCACUCUCUUAUCAUCUCCCUUGCCUCUCCUCCACCCUCGCCGCCCAUCUUCCCUCCUCCUCCUCCGUAUCCGACGCCUCGCCUUUCACCGCUCCUCCCUCUUUCAUUCUCCUCUCCCGCUACACUUUCUCUCUCCUCCCAAAUGCUCCCAACAACUGCACACCCACCAUGCUCAGCCUCUUUGGGAUGAAACCCCAUCUGUAAACUCAAAUGGGUUUUCAAUUUCUGCCUCAGAUUAUCAUCAUCAAUGGCCCGAGUUUUUGGGUUUCGUUAAUUGGGUUUUGCAAUCUGGGUACGGUAGUGCACCAUUUGAUGUUUCUCAGUUUGUGGGUGCGCAACAAUUGGAUGAGAAUUUCCUGAGGGGUGCUAAUUCGUGUUUGGCAUUUGCCAGAGCUUUCCCCACUCUUUUGUGGUCUCUUCCGAAGGAGGAUAUAGAGGUGGUUGUCAAUAAUGGAUCGCCGUUUCUGUUUGCAAAUGCUUCUGCCGCAGCGGCAAGGAUGAACAUUUUCUUGGGUGAUGGCAUUGAUAAUGUAUUAGAUUCUGAUAAACCAAGCACAGUCGAUCUCAUGGAAUUUUUAUUAAGUUAUGCCCACAUGGCAGAAAACAAGCAAAUAUGCAGUAGUGUUGAAUCAACAGUGAGGAAAUUGUUCAGUGAAUUGGCUAAAUCCAAAGGAAGCUCUGUGGAGCCUCUUGCGACAGGACAGAAACAGCUUUCUGAAAGAUAUGAGAAAGCAUCAAGAUCUCCUGGAAAAAAUUUGGAGAUGAAGAAAGGAGACUGGAUAUGCCAAAGGUGUAGUUUUAUGAACUAUGCUAAGAACUCUCAAUGCCUUGAGUGCAAGGAGCAUCGACCACAGAAACUAUUAACUGGUGGAGAAUGGGAAUGUCCUCAAUGUGACUUCUGUAACUUUGGUAGGAAUGUGGUAUGCUUGAGGUGUGAUUGCAAAAAACCUGCAGUCGAUCGAUUCCUGAGGCCCACUAGUGUCUCAAGCUUGAGAGGUGACACCUCUUCUGUUAAAGGUAAUACCGAGGAAUUAAUAACUGGGACUGAAGAGGAGCAACAGUGGUUCACUAAGAUAUCUCAGUUGGAAAAAUCAUCUGAUAUGAGCAGUGCUCUAACAGAUGAAGAUUUGCCUGAGACCAUGAAGGCACGGGAUAAUAAGUUUACUUGGUCUGCUGCAAGCACAAAAACCUCAGGCACCAUUGACAAUCCUGGUCAAAGUUAUUCCCAAACAGCUGGUGAUGAGAACAGCAUCCAUACGAAAAUUAGCCAGAGUCUAGAAGAACUUACAGGUGAAAAAUCUUUUCCUUAUAGGAAUAGAGAUGAUAAUUUUGGAAAAAAUAGCAGAACUUCAAGCCCUUCUGCAAUGUCUAGUUCUGCUUCUUCUCAAUAUGGGCAACAUAGUGAGCUAAAGUCUUAUGCUCCAGUUCAACAACAAACUGAUGAAAAGUCUCCAAAUCAGAUGGGGAAUAAAGAUUAUGAGAGAGAACAAGCUGAAAAAUCUGAAAGAUGGUUUAAGAAGGGAGCUGAGAUGCAUGACGUGAACGACCUGCCUAGUGCAAUAUCUGAUGACGACUUCCCAGAAAUCAUGCCAAUGCGCAAAGGAGAGAAUCGAUUUGUUGUUAGUAAGAAGAAAGACCGUUCUUUGACUUCUCCGAUGUACAAGAGGCGUGCUGCGAUGGAGCAAGCGAGUAACAAUAAUUAUGUCCCAUUUGUCCCUUUCCCACCUGAUUAUUUUGCCAAGGACAGAUCACAAGAAGGGUCACAAUCAACUCAGUUAAAUGAACAGACUGGUGCAACGAGGUCAGACUCUGGAGGGCAAGGAGAAAGGAUGGAAGAUAAAUUCAGCAAGCCAGUUUUCGAGGUAUCUAAUAAUGUAGAUCAAAAGCCAACUAUUGAUUCUCAAUUCAGUUCUCCCAGUAAACAUUCUGAAUCUCAGAGCACAAGUAAGGAUUCAAAUUUCAAUGACUCUUGGAGAGAAAGGAGUUUGGAGGGAUCAGCAGUUAAGGAAUCGGAUCCACUGGAUAUGUCUGAGGAAGCUAAGGCAGAGAGGUGGUUUCGACGUGUUGCUCAGAUAAAGGACAUUUCAGAGCUGAGCCAGAUUCCUGAUGAAGAUUUUCCCUCUAUAAUGCCAAUGAGGAAAGGAGUGAACCGAUUUGUGGUAAGUAAGAGGAAAACACCUUUGGAGAGACGGUUGACAUCUUCACAGUACAAGAGGAACCUUCCAGUUGUGAGCUCUGAUCCCGUGAGGAAAGAAACAGACUCUAAUUGAGAAUUCAAACGACGACUUGCUGAGCUUUGUGCCAGCAUGAAUUUGAUAAUACCUCUGUAUGUGUUGCUAUUUGUAAGCUCUGAUGCAUUAGGCUGAAAGUUUUGUUACCCAAUUAUGGAGAUAGUGGAUUAUUCACCACGAGGCUAGCAAAUGAAGUUUUGAACUAGCUGGUGUUGCGAUGUAUGGAAUUUGAGUAAACUGCAUUUGAAUGUCAAAUACAGUAAGUAAUUGAUUUAUGUCUUUUACUAAAGGGGGCCUUUGGCUUUGUAUACUAGAUAUUUAAUUAAAGGGGAAAAAAUCACGAUUAGUUCAGACAAUCUGGUUGUUGUUCUUUCAACAAAUUCUACUUGUUGGAUUUCCUGUCCAAGUGUUAUGCUUGAUGAUAACUGCAGUCAGUUACAAAAACUGUAUCAUAAA